AUGGGAGGAACGUGGGAGACAAUCGCAGCCCAGAAGCGCCAAGCGUUGCUGAACUCGAUUCCCGAGGAAUGGCGCAUCCCAGACCAUCUCCUACCCCCAGAGAGCCAGGUCGACGUCACGGGGUUUCCAGAGAUCUCUGGCUGGUUCACGCAGGAAGAGCUAGAUAUCACCAAUGCCACCGCGCUGGAGCUGCUCCCGAAGCUAGCGAGUGGAAGUCUCAGGUCGGAGACGGUAACAAGGGCUUUCUGCAAGCGAGCAGCCGCAGCACAUCAGCUGGUAAACUGUCUUUCCGAGACAUGUUUUGACCGAGCCCUCACAACGGCAAAGGCGUUAGACGAGCGUCUAGCCCAAGGGUUAGGACCAGUAGGCCCUUUCCACGGUCUGCCCAUAUCCCUCAAGGACAACUUUAAUCUGCGAGGGCUUGAUUCCACCGUCGGCUUCACGUCCCACGUGGGCGAUCCCGCGCAAGAUGACGCCGAACUUGCCAAGAUUUUGGUCGCCGCCGGGGCUGUCGUCUACGUGAAGACGAACGUGCCGACAGCCAUGAUGAUUGCCGAGAGCGUGAACAACACUUUUGGCCGCACCGUCAACCCACUCAAUAGGCGGCUCACGAGCGGCGGGAGCUCGGGUGGCGAAUCGGCGCUGAUAAUGUUCAAGGGCAGUCCCAUGGGUGUUGGGACUGAUAUAGGGGGCUCUCUGCGCAUCCCUGCCGCCUGCACAGGUAUCUUCACUCUUCGGCCGUCGUUCGGCCGCUUCCCCACACUAGGUUGUCGCUCGGGCUUACCAGGCCAGGAGGCCGUACAAUCGGUCAACGGCCCAAUGACGCGCACGAUCGAGGAUCUGGAGUAUUACAGCAGCUCGGUAGUCAGAUCCGAGCCUUGGCACGCCGACCCGCGGUGUCUGCCCAUGCCCUGGCGGCCUAUCACGUUGCCACAACGACUGAAGAUCGGGGUCAUGUGGCACGACGGCAUCGUGCUGCCCACGCCUCCCGUGACGAGGGCGCUACGACAGACCGUCGACAGACUGAAGGCCGCCGGUCACGAAGUCACGGAGUGGUCUCUAGAAACUCAUGAAACGGGCCUGAAGAUCCUCCUACGGAUGUUCGUGGCCGAUGGCGGCAAGUCAGUGGCCCGCGAGCUCGAGAAGACAGGGGAGCCCCUGAGGCCGGAAAUGUCGUACUUUGGAAAUAUCCCCGAGCUGGGAGCCUUCGACUACUGGCAACUGCAUCUGGAGCGCACGAAAUUCCAGAAGGAGUACCUGGACCGGUGGCGGAAAGCGGGCAUUGACGCCAUCUUGACGCCCGUGUCACCCUUCAGUGGUGUUGAGAAUGGGAAAUUCAAACAUGUUGGAUACACCGGGGUUUACAACAUAUUAGACUAUUCUGCUAUGUCGUUCCCCACGGGAUUCACGGCAGACGCAGCGGUUGAUAUAUACCAAGAUGAUGCACCGCCACCGUUUUCCGACGAUGAUAAGGCGGUUCGAAGCGAAUAUAAUGGAGAAGCAGUUCAUGGUAUGCCCGUCAGCCUGCAGUUGGUAGCACAGCGGCUUGAAGAGGAGAAGUGUAUAGAGAUGUGCAAAGUCAUUUUGAAUGCCUUAGAUUAG